AUGGCGGCAGCACUGACCGGAGACGAUUUAAUAAGGACCAUGAGUCGAAACAUGAGUCGAAACAUGAGCAGAAACAUGAGCCGGCGGGGGAGUCUUGCGUCAGGCAGUGUGAGAGGUUGGGCCUCUGCUAGUAUCAGAGAUGCAUUUUCCGCGCCUGGAGGGGAUGUUUUCCAGAAGAGUGGGAGAGAAGAUGAUGAAGAGGAACUGAGGUGGGCCGCCAUCGAGAGACUUCCAACGUAUGAUCGGUUGAGGAAGGGUAUCCUGACUCAAGUUUUGGAUAAUGGAAGUAUUAUUCAUGAAGAGAUUGAUGUUGCCAAUCUUGGCAUACAAAAUAAGAAGCAACUCAUGGAGAGUAUACUUAAAAAAGUCGAAUACGAUAAUGAGAGGUUUCUUCAAAGGCUGAGAGAUAGGACCGAUAGGGUUGGGAUUGAUUUCCCAAGAGUUGAAGUCCGGUUUGAGAAUUUGUCAAUUGAAGGAGAUGCAUUUGUUGGAAGCAGAGCACUGCCAACUCUGCUGAAUUCUACCAUCAAUUCGAUAGAGGGGGUUCUUGGACUUCUGAGGCUUUUCCCAUCCAAAAAGAGGUCUGUCAAGAUACUUAAUGAUGUAUCUGGAAUCGUAAAACCUUCAAGGAUGACACUGCUUCUGGGGCCUCCGGGCGCUGGGAAGACAACAUUGCUGCAGGCACUUGCUGGAAAGCUGGAGAAGGAUCUAAGGGUAUCUGGAAAAGUCACUUACUGUGGUCAUGAAAUGAAUGAAUUUAUUCCUCAGAGGACUUGUGCUUAUAUUAGCCAACAUGAUCUUCACAAUGGUGAGAUGACUGUCAAGGAGGCGUUAGAUUUCUCUGGGCGUUGCUUAGGAGUUGGAACACGAUAUGAGCUCUUGGCAGAACUGUCAAGACGAGAAAAAGAUGCAGGAAUCAAACCAGACCCUGAGAUAGAUGCAUUUAUGAAAGCCAUAUCAAUGGCUGGCCAAGAAACAAGUUUGGUCACUGACUAUGUUCUCAAGAUACUUGGAAUAGAUAUUUGUGCUGACACAAUGGUGGGUGAUGAAAUGAGAAGGGGUAUUUCUGGUGGACAGAAGAAGCGUGUGACAACUGGUAACAGAAAAACAUUUUGUUUCGCCUACUUCAGGCCGAAUUUAUCUGUUCCCUUUUCUCUAAUGAAAAUUAAUCGCUUACUGGAUGCAGGAGAAAUGUUGGUUGGGCCAGCCAAAGUGUUUUACAUGGAUGAAAUCUCAACCGGGCUUGACAGUUCAACCACUUUUCAAAUUAUCAAGUAUAUGAGGCAGAUGGUUCAUAUCGUGGAUGUAACGAUGAUAAUCUCUCUUCUUCAACCUGCACCGGAAACUUUUGAUCUUUUUGAUGACAUUAUUCUACUUUCAGAUGGUCAAGUUGUUUACCAAGGUCCUCGUGAGUAUGUCCUUGAGUUCUUUCAGACUGUGGGGUUCAAAUGCCCAGAGAGGAAAGGAGUUGCAGACUUUCUGCAAGAGGUUACUUCCGAGAAGGACCAAGAGCAGUAUUGGUUCAAAAAGAAUGAACCUUACCAAUAUAUCUCAGUGCCUGAGUUUGUACAUCACUUCAAAUCUUUCCACAUUGGGCAAAAGCUUUUCAAUGAGCUUAGAAUUUCUUAUGACAGAAGUAAAGCUCAUCCAGCAGCACUGGUGAGACAGAAGUAUGGUAUCUCCAACAAAGACCUCUUCAAGGCAUGCUUGUCGAGGGAGUGGCUACUGAUGAAACGCAACGCCUUCAUAUACAUUUUCAAAACUGUCCAGAUUACGAUCAUGGCAUUUUUUACUUUCACAGUGUUCUUUAGAACAGAGAUGAAGCAUGGUCAAAUAGAUGAUGGAAGUAAAUAUUAUGGUGCACUAUUUUUCAGUCUCAUUAAUGUCAUGUUCAAUGGGAUGGCCGAGCUUGCAAUGACUAUUCUCAGGCUUCCCGUGUUCUUUAAACAGAGGGACUCCUUGUUUUACCCAGCAUGGGCUUUUGCAUUACCGAUUUGGCUCCUCAGGAUCCCAAUCUCAAUUAUGGAGUCAGCAAUAUGGGUUAUUCUCACAUAUUAUACUGUUGGGUUUGCUCCUUCUGCUAGUAGGUUUUUCCGCCAGUUAUUGGCAUUCAUUGGUGUACAUCAGAUGGCUUUAGGUCUCUUCCGUUUCAUUGUGGCACUUGGAAGAACACAGGUCGUCGCAAACACGCUUGGUACCUUUACAUUGCUGUUGGUUUUUGUCCUUGGUGGAUUCAUUAUUGCCAAAGAUGACCUUCAACCAUGGAUGAAAUGGGCAUAUUAUAUUUCGCCCAUGUCGUAUGGACAAAAUGCCAUAGUCAUCAAUGAAUUCCUUGAUAAAAGAUGGAGCACGCCCAAUAACGACACAAGAUUUCCUGAAGCAACAGUUGGAAAAGUUCUACUUGCAUCUAGGGGAAUGUUUGUGGAUGACCAUUGGUUUUGGAUCUGUGUCAUUGCCCUCUUUGCAUUUUCUGUGUUCUUCAAUGGAUGCUUUAUUGCAGCACUGACAUACUUGAAUCCUUUGGGAGAUUCUAAAUCGGUAAUCGCAGAUGAAACUAACGAAAAAAAGAAAGAGAAACAACCAUUCGCUGUGACAGAUACAGCAUCUACAGCCCCAAUGUUUGAAGGGAACGGUGUGGUUGUCAGGAAUGCAAGUAACAGAAAAGGAAUGGUGCUGCCCUUCCAGCCCUUAUCACUUUCAUUCGAUCACGUGAAUUACUAUGUAGAUAUGCCUGCACCCAAUAACGACACAAGAUUUCCUGAAGCAACAGUUGGAAAAGUUCUACUUGCAUCUAGGGGAAUGUUUGUGGAUGACCAUUGGUUUUGGAUCUGUGUCAUUGCCCUCUUUGCAUUUUCUGUGUUCUUCAAUGGAUGCUUUAUUGCAGCACUGACAUACUUGAAUCCUUUGGGAGAUUCUAAAUCGGAAAUGAAAAGCGAAGGAAUUGAGGAGAAUCGUCUCCAACUUUUACGAAAUGUCAGUGGUGCUUUCAGACCUGGUGUUCUAACAGCAUUAAUGGGUGUGAGUGGUGCUGGAAAGACCACCUUAAUGGAUGUGCUGGCUGGAAGAAAAACUGGUGGAUACAUUGAAGGAGAUAUCAAUAUUUCUGGUUACCCAAAGAACCAAGAGACUUUUGCUCGAGUCAGUGGUUAUUGCGAACAGAAUGACAUCCAUUCUCCACAUGUAACUGUGUAUGAAUCUCUGGUGUACUCUGCCUGGUUGCGCCUUCCUUCGGAUGUAAAUAAAGAGACAAGGAAAAUGUUUGUUGAGGAAGUGAUGGAUUUGGUUGAGUUGAACUCAUUGAGGGACUCUCUAGUUGGCCUUCCAGGGGUGGAUGGUUUAUCAACAGAACAGAGAAAAAGGCUUACAAUUGCUGUCGAACUGGUUGCUAAUCCAUCAAUCAUCUUCAUGGAUGAGCCAACAUCAGGUCUGGAUGCUAGAGCUGCCGCAAUUGUAAUGCGAGCUGUGAGAAACACAGUGGAUACUGGGCGAACUGUUGUCUGCACAAUUCACCAACCAAGCAUAGACAUCUUCGAAGCCUUUGAUGAGUCGGUCCCAGGGGUUACCAAGAUCACUGAUGGUUACAAUCCUGCUACAUGGAUGCUGGAGAUCAGUGCUUCUUCAGUUGAAGCUCAACUUGAUGUGGACUUUUCUGAAAUUUAUGCCAACUCUGAUCUGUAUCGGAGGAAUCAAGAACUUAUCAAAGAGCUCAGCACUCCAGAACAAGGAUCCCAAGACCUAUAUUUCCCCACCAAAUACUCCCAGCCCUUCAUGACUCAGUUUAAGGCUUGCUUCUGGAAACAACACUGGUCAUACUGGAGGAAUCCACAAUACAAUGUCAUCCGAUUUUUCAUGACAACAGUGAUUGGUAUUAUGUUUGGAGUCAUUUUCUGGAACAAAGGAAACAAAAUGCACAAACAACAAGACCUAUCAAAUCUUAUGGGAGCAAUGUAUGCCGCUGUUCUGUUUCUUGGAGGAACAAACACUUCAGCGGUACAGUCUGUUGUGGCUAUCGAAAGAACUGUAUUCUAUCGUGAAAGAGCAGCAGGGAUGUAUUCAGCAUUGCCUUAUGCAUUUGCUCAGGUGGCCGUAGAAACCUAUUAUGUUGCGAUUCAAACUUUUGUUUAUAGCCUUCUCCUGUACUCGAUGAUUGGUUUCGAGUGGCAAGGAGACAAGUUCUUUUGGUUCUACUACUAUGUGUUUAUGUGCUUCGUCUACUUCACUCUAUAUGGGAUGAUGCUUGUCGCACUCACUCCAAGUUACCAGAUUGCUGCCAUUCUCAUGUCAUUUUUCCUCAGCUUCUGGAACCUCUUUUCUGGUUUCCUCAUUCCAAGGAUGGCAAUACCAAUAUGGUGGAGAUGGUACUACUGGGGUUCUCCAGUGGCAUGGACGAUCUAUGGCCUUGUAACAUCUCAGGUGGGUGACAAGAUGGAUUUGGUUCAUGUACCCAAACAUGGUGACAUCCCAGUGAAGGAUUACCUAAAGCAAUUUCUAGGCUAUGAGUCUGACUUCCUUGGACCUGUUGCUCUUGCUCAUGUUGGUUGGGCACUCCUUUUCUUCUUCGUCUUCGUCUAUGGCAUCAGAAUCUUGAACUUCCAAAGGAGAUAG